ACGGCGACAGCCCAGCCCAGGCAGCUGGAGGGAAGGAAGCGAUGGCGCAGGAGCGGGAGCCUGAAUGUAAGUGGCCUGAAGCGGCUCUUGCUGGCUUGUGAGAUUUGCUUGAUGUUCAAUUGUGGAGGGAUGGGCUUCUGAAGACUGAUUUGAAAUGUGAAAAUCUUUUUCUGGUGGCUGCACGCCGGCUCCAGGGUCACUAGGGCUGAGGACUGGAUUGGGGUUGUGCUGCCUCCUCAGAGAAUCUGAAACCAGCGCGCAAAGCACAGAGGUGGGGGGUGCGCGCCAUGUGGGCGUGGGAGCCAGCGAGUGUGGACCUGCGCGGACGGACGCGCCUUGUGUUGGAGUCUCUGGAAGCCUGAAGAGGAGGAGGAGGAGGAGGAGGAGGGACGAAGCGGCAGGUUGCAGGCUGUUCAGAGCGUGAUUUUAAAAAGCCGCACUUCAGAGCAUUCCCUGGCAUGCUGCCUUUCCGCGCUCCUAUAAAUGACCACAAACCUCAGCGCGUCCACAUUCAUCAAGUCAGAAGUCCUUUAUUUUGUCUCCGUGGCCCUGAAGGCUGGUGCUAUUAAUGUGAUUUUACGCAUGGGAGUCUAUGGGGAGUGUACCUGAAGUGGAAGCACUGCGAGACGCCAGGCGUGAAGACCCUGUGUAAUCUGAAGAAACUUCUGAACCGGCUUCAGAAAGACCACCGGGACGACGUCUACCUCUACAUCUCUGGACACCUGAACCCCAACAAGCUCUACCGGCCUCCGGAGACGAUCUUACAGCACUGGCCCAAUGCCCACCGGCCCAAGGGGGAGCGCGCCUCUGAGGUGGGAGAGCCGCCCGCAGGGAAGGUGGCGAGCAUGAAGGAGGCCCUGGCCCACUUCACCAUCCACACGGCGCUGGUCCCCAGUGAGGCCCAGGACACCCCGCUGUUCAGGUACCUGAACCCCCAGGCCUCUCUUUCCCACACUUCAGAGGAGGAUUUCCUUCCAGUGGAGGCUGUCAGGGAGGGGAAGGAAGAAAAGAAAGGAGGCCCUCCUGGACGGGGCCCUCCCGGAUGGCGCAGGAGGGAAGAACUCCGGCUGCCCGACUUGAAGGUGCUGUGCUACCAGGAGGCCGGGUCCAGAGGCACCAGGGACCGGCACCACUAUGUCAGCUCCUACCUGGCCGGAGCCACCAGCGCAGACAGGUACAGGAUGUUCCUGCGUUUCCAGAAGGAAGUGCUCGCCAAGCAAGAUCUCCUGAAGAAGGACUUCACUGGGAGCAAGGCGGCCGCGGGCCACGAGAGAAAGCUGCAGCAGGAGCUCCAGAAAAUUUGCACGUGCAGCCCCCAGCAGUUCAACAGACUGCACGUCUUUGGAAAAGUCUUUGAAGAUAUUUGUAACAGUUCUUUGAUAUUUGGUGAUCUCUUGAAAAAAGUUAAGGAUGAAUAUGAACUCUACAUGGCAACGCUCCUGGAGUCCCAGCCUGCAGCACAGUACGAGGCUCUUCUGGCUCAACUCAAGGCGCUGGGGCAGAGGCCGGUGAAGACGGCGGACAUGGAUCUCGCCAGGGAAGAGCUGAGGAUGCUCGUGACAGCCACAAAAGCAGCCCUGGAGCAGAAUGAUAGACUCAGAAGUGAACUGGAGAUGGAGCUGGCAUUGCUGCAGUCUGCAAAGGAACGAUCAGAAUCAUCUGAGAAACAUAUAAUUGAUGAAAACCGACUUACUCUUAUUGAGAAGGUUGAAAAGAAGAGGUGUGAAAUACUCAGUAAGUGGGAUGAGAUACAAGCUCUGGAAAAAGAAAUUAAAACAACUUUGGUUCAUACUGGAAUUUCAGAUAUCACUGAGAAUAGGAUUAAAAGCAUAGAGCAUGAAGCUAUACAAUUGGAAACAGAAAAUAUGAUUUUAAAGAAGAAAAUAAAAGUUACUGAAAACCAUGUGAAGCAGAUCAUAGGAAAGAUCAGUGAAGAGAGGCAGGAGGGCCUUUGGAAAUUUAUCAAGGAAUUUGUAAAAUCAGAGGAAAGAGAAGAUAACGCUCAAGCAGCUGAACAAAUGGCCAGUGAAAAUUCUUAACUUCCAUGGUAUUUCAUUAACAACAUGUGGAUCUUCCUCUACAAGCAGAGGUCAUCUGACCAUCUGGACUUUAAUGUUUUUGUGAGUUUCGUGGGAUACUGAG